CUGCAGGGUGCUACCACUUGAAUUUAUUCUGACAAAAAAGAAAAAGGAAAAUGCAUCCUCCUUUAACACUGCACAAGCACCCGAUGUGUGCCGAAAUUAUCGAGGAGUUUCAGAAGUGUCAUAUAGACCAUCCUAUUGGAAAGUUCUUUGGUAAAUGUACGGAUUUGAAGAUAAAGCUUGAUCGAUGUUUCAGGGAGGAGAAAGCUCUAAAGCGGAAAGCUAACUUUGAAGAGAGUAAGAAAUUGAAGGAAAGGCUACAAGCUUUUAGGAAAGAAUCUGCUGAGAAAAGCCCUGAAGAGAAGAAUUUUGUGUGAAGUCUGAUGGCAAAGUGAAACACAAAGUCUUCCUGAUAAAAAUAAGCAUUUGACAUGAGGCCCUCUUACCCAAUCCCAAAAGAUUUUAAUGUUUUAGGGAACAUGAGACAGUUUGGCUAUUGUAUUUUAGUUGACAUUUCUUUGCACAUGAUGUUUUCAUGGUGCUUAUUUGUUCCUCUAGAUUCAAAGGCAGUAUAUUUAUUAGGUCAAUUGAUUAAUGAUAUAAUUUUUUUUUUUUUUUAUUGGCA